AUGGGAGACACAGAGAUAAAAACAACUCUCCUCCGUCUCCCUCCCGAACUCCACCUCCUCAUCGGCGCCUACCUCCCCUUCCCCGACAUAGUCCGCUUUCGCAUAACUUGCGCAUAUCUAUACUCUCUCCUCCCACCUCUCACUCACGCGCAACUCCUCCUGGCCGAAACCACCGACUACGCUUUAUCCAAGGAUAUCUACGCAUGCCGGUACUGCCUGCGUCUGCGGCCCGCAUCGCGCUUUGCGGAUCGGAUGCGCCGGCGGCGACGGGGCAGGUACGGUCGGGACGCGGAGAAGCGGUUUUGUGUUGAGUGUGGGUUGCAGCCGCGGAAGGGGACGGAUGGAGAGGCGAGGUAUGGGCCUGGGGCGCAGGUGCGGAUCGAUGGGGUUCUGUAUGUGAUUUGUAUCACUUGUCGGACGUUUGGGCUGGGGUAUGCGGGUGGGAUUGAAUGCCAAGCUUGUGGCAUGGAGAGGGAGAGGGUACGGCAGCAGAAAUUAUUACUGGAGAGGAGAGAUUCAGGCGUGUACGCCGAGGCUACGGAUGAAGGCUAA